AUGUUCCUGCUUUUCCCAAUUCUGGCUCUCCUUGUGCCAAUUUCAUCUGCUGAGGACUUGGAAACUCCACUAGACGAUAAAGAAACGUUUGAGACAAUCAACAGUAUGUACACUAAUGACUUGGUUUGGAGUGAUGAGUGGGCAAAAAAGGCAUUGGACUGGCUUAAGUCUCCACACUAUCGACAAAGUGAGGAAGCUGAUUUGAUUGUUGGAGGGAGAAGCUUGAUUGACAAUGCAGAUGACAAGCCAGUAUGGCAAAAAAUAGUCGACGUCUUAGAGAUCCAGAAUGAAUGA